UUACUGUUAAACUAUCUAGUAAUUUGCAAUAGUCUGUAGCUUAUGUAAAACAACCCCUUUUGUAAUUUCAAUCACUGUCAAACCCAUAAAGCUUCUCUGUACAGUACACCUUUUAGAUCAGCGACUGAAUCUUUUUGAUCAGUUGCCUUGUGAUUUUGAGUUGAUAUGAUAGUACUCUUAUGACAAGUGUUCUUGACUGUAUUUCCUGCUAUAUCUUUGAUAGUAAACUCCGAUUGUCCUGCUCUGAGCCUCUGAGAUUGUUUGUCUCCUAGGUCACUUGAUAUUUGUUAAAUGCUUGUAGUAUUAUAUCCAUUGCCUAAAUCAUUUAUUCAAAAUAUUGUUUGUCUCCUAGGUCCCUUGGUUGGUAACGUUACUAACUCAAUUUCUGAUUUAGGCAAUAAUAAAAUCCGAGAAGGUAUAGAUGGCUUGAGAAAUGAAUUUUACCUUCCUCUACAAUCCUAAAGCAGUUUGUACACUUGUGUACAACUGGGCUUUAAUCUUAGUAGCUUUAUCAGUGUUCUUCUUUAGAUCAAUUAAGGAAGAAAACAACAAGUGUUGACUCUGUUUUUGCUCUAUGGAAUACUCUGGGAAACUAACACCAUUUUGCAUUUGUCUUUUCUUAGGCUGAGACUGUAAACUUUUCUGUUGUAAGUUCAAAUUUUAAAUUGCCUUUGGGUUUUCUUCAAGGGACUCUUGAGCAUAUUUAGUAUUUACUUAUUGACUUAAUCAUUGAACUGGAGUCUAUCUUAUAUAUUUUGUUCUUACUUUAUUCCUCUUCAUAGUUUCUACUUGGUGGUAGUGAUAACAGGGUGUCCAACUUUAACCCCCCGUGCUUUGGCCUUUCAUCAGCAUUUAUGUGAAUAUUUCAUCUCAACUUAAACACAAUAAAAUAGAAACUAAGUAGAAGCACUUGAGGUACCUGCAGGAGGAAAGGGCACUUUAACUUCACUAGAUCCUAUUUGUAUCACUGGUCUUGGAAUUAAAAUGUCUUUUGCAUACUGCUUCAAAAAAUUUAAAAACUGAGUGUAAUGCUUUUGCAGAACUAAUUCUUGAUCACCAUGCCACGCCAAAAAGACUUUGCAUGGACACAUUGCACAGCAAUUCUUGGUAGCACGAAGGUCAAGUGCAAUUGGUGUCAAGAUGAGAUCGGUGGUGGAAUUUAUCGUUUCAAAUGGCAUUUGUCAAAAGAACGAGGAAAUAACACCGAGAUAUGCAAAAAAUGCCCUGCAGAUGUCUCGUAUCAGGCAAAGCAAUCUCUUGAAGGGAUUGCUGAGAAUAAGGCCAAAAAGGCAAGAAUUGGGGUUGAACUAGGUUCUUCUUCUACAAAUCCUAGGAUGCAUGAUUUGGGUGAGGAUGGUGAAGAUGGGAGUUUCAGGGAAUCUGGGUCGACACAUAAUUCUAUAGCACGUGGACCAAACACAGGUGGAGGAAACACUAAUGCUUUCUUCCAACCUCGUACCACACCAGGAUCACAAACCACUUUGGAGAGUACAGGAUGGAGGAAAACUGUCACUGAACAAGCAAAGAAGGCAAUUGCUAAUUAUUGGUACUCCUCUCACAUAGCAUUCCAUGCUUCCAGAAAUCCAUAUUGGCAACCCAUGGUAGAUGCUAUUGCAGCUGUAGGUCCUGGGUUUCAAGCCCCAUCUUGUGAAUCAUUGAGGGUUGGUAUGCUGAAAGAUGCAGUAGAGGAUGUUCAAGAUGUUGUUAAACAACAUCGAUUGCAGUGGGCUAGAACCGGUUGCAGCAUCAUGUCAGAUGGUUGGACAGAUAGAAGGAACCGAACUCUCAUUAACUUCCUUGUCUCUUGUGAGAUUGGCACUGUUUUUUUGAAAUCUGUGGAUGCAUCUAAUAUGAUGAAAUCCACAAAUGCAUUGUUUGAGAUGUAUGACGUGGUAGUUACGGAUGUAGGGCCACAAAAUGUGGUUCAAUUUAUCACAGACAAUGCUGCUGCUUGUGUUGCUGCAGGGAGACUUCUGACAGAUAAAUAUCCUUCCAUGUUUUUUACACCAUGUGCAGCACAUUGCCUUGAUCUAACCCUAGAGGACAUUGGCAAAAUUGAAUGGGUUAAGGUUGCAUUUCAGAAAACUCACAAGGUUACCAAAUUUGUUUAUAAUCACACAAGGGUUUUGACUAUAAUGCGCUCUUUCACAGGAGGCAAGGAGCUAGUUCGACCAGGAGUGACAAGAUUUGCAACAUAUUUCCUUGCAUUACAAACAUUAUGUGAACAAAAAGGUAAUUUGAGGCGAAUGCUUGUUUCAGCUGAGUGGAUGGAGUCUGGUUUCACAAGUCAAGCAAAUGGCAUAGCAGUGGCAGAGUAUAUGUAUUCUACCACAUUUUGGGAAUCUAUUGAACAAAUUGUAGAAUUUUCAGAGCCUUUAGUAAAAGUCUUGAGACUAGUGGAUGGAGAUAAACCCCCCAUGGGAUAUGUGUAUGAGGCUAUGGAUAGGGCCAAGGAGGUGAUAAGGAGUAAGAUGGAAAAUAACAGAGAUAAGUAUAUGCCGUUGUGGGACAUAAUUGAUAGGAGAUGGGAUGGACAAAUGCACACUCCUCUCCAUGCUGCAGGAUAUUUUCUCAAUCCUCUGUUAUUCUAUAAGACUGACUUCCUGGAAAUUGAUGCUGAGAUCAAACAAGGCUUCUUCAAGUGCAUGGAAAAAAUGUUUCCUGACUUGGAAAAAUUUGAUGCGGCUACGAUAGAGCUGGAAAUGUACAAGCAUGCUAAGGGCUUUCUCUCUUCUAGGGCUGCUAUUCAAAGCAGAAAGACAAUUCAACCAGCUGCAUGGUGGGCUUCUUUUGGAGAUGAAAUACCAAAUUUAAGGUGGAUGGCGGUGCGUAUUUUGAGCCAACCAUGUAGCUCAUCAGCUUGUGAGCGUAAUUGGAGUGUGUUUGAACACAUACAUUCUAAGAAACGCAACUGCCUAUCACAACAACGACUAAAUGACUUGGUAUUUGUUCAUCACAACCUCCGCUUGAAGAUAAGGAAAGCUCAAGGAACUAUUGAGGAAUGCUUGCCAAUUGACCUCGAUGAGAUAUAUCCAGAGUGCGAGUUGAUUGCUGCUGAUGAUGCUGAUGAUGAUGAUGAUGAUGUUGAUGAUGAUUAUGUUGUUGCUGAUCGUCCGCUUGUGUCUGAAGAUUUUGAUAUCAUGAGGCAAGCCAACUUUCGUCUUGAAUGGGUUGAAGGAAUUAGGACAGGCUCUUACCCAGGAGCUUCAUCAUCAGGGCCUCCUGCUCUCUAGCAUGUCAUUGCCUACAUUUGAGAUUUUGGAAUUUUGUACUUAGUUUACAGGUUGACUUUGUUCAAAGUCACAAACUAUAUUGUAAUUGACAUUUUGACAUCUAUCACCAUCUAGAUAUUAUUUAUGGUGUAGUAUAUUUUGUGGAACGUAAUCAGUGAUAUGAAUAUAAACAACAAAAAUCUAUUUCCUGCAAUUCAUGUUUUCAAGUGUCUAUUUUAUUUGCCUACAAUAUCUCUAUGCUAUGGAAAUACCCUAAAAUAUAUAAAAAAAGUAGUUUUUGAUUGUUUUUCUGCAAUUUUUUACGUUUUUUUGUAUAUCCGA